AUGGCUCAACACACAGCAGACAAGAGAGAGGACAUGGAAACAGGCGUAAAGAAACAAUCUAGCCAUGACCACGACGCCGAACAUGCUCACAAGGAGCAUGGAAGUGGACGAGGGAUGCUGGCAAGGUCUGCGACGCGUAUCCAUACGAAAAAAUCACUACUGGGACGUGGUUUUGUAGCGCGCACAUUUAAUCAGGGUCAAGGGCCCCGUUCGGAGCAAGAUUCCGAGCCCAAUCCGGAGCGCGCAUCGCAUCGCAAAAACAAGUCGAAAUCCGGGGGUUCGCCUCCUAUAAAGCCAAGCCAAAUUAUGGACGAACACCCGGGGCCCAACCCUGCCGAGCUAGGGGACCCGGAAGGUGUGUACCCGUCAACCAAGGUCGAACCCGCGCCGAAUCCUCGUACUCGUGACGACAAUGAUCGCAAACGACUGCAAGCGCAAGUUCGCUCGGCAAGGAGCGGCUCCUGGGUCACCAAAAGCAGUCGGCAGAUACGCGAAGAACUAUCGAGUUUCGAGGCAGCAAUGCGACAUUGGGCCGAAAAUUAUAGCGUCGGUGAGAUACGUGCGCUUGAUAGCUUGCCGAUCGAGGAGAAGGACGCCAUCCUGGAACGGCUGAGUGGAUAUUGCGCACAGGUGGAUUGGACCACACUCAUUGAGAAAGCGUCUACGAUGGCAGACAACAUCCCAGCUCUUCUUAUGCAGGCUCUGCUAGCCAAAGAUAUCUUCGGAACAAUCUUUGCCAACCCCUUCUUUGCCUUCGGGGAGUCUAAAGAACCCUCCACGGCGCACGCUUCCCAAACAUUAUCUUUUCUAUACGCAUCGAUGCUGGACGUCAACAAGGAAGAAGCCCAUAUCUGGCGUUCGCAAACUCUUCGGCUUUUGGCCACACCUCCCCCGAACUCCGUGCACAAUGCACCGUUGCGCGCGAAGGUGGAAGCUAUAACUAGUGAGCUUGCGGUUGAUUUCCUCGCGGGUCCUGUUCAGUUACUCUUCCGACACAGAAAUGAUUCAUGGGCGAUCCAGCGCAACCAGGAACUCUACCAGCUUUACCAGACCGCUGGCGACUUGGCCAUCUCCCUGUGGACGCAGCGAUCCUUCAUGCGGUGUUACUGUAUGGAUGAGCUCCCCAUAUUUCGGGCAGAGCAUCCGGUAAUGAGUGCGCAUGCCCUUCAUCGUCCACGUGGGGACGACACAAGAUUAGACGGUAAGAAUGCUUUGAUCAUAGUUCAUCCGGCCAUUGUUGCCUUCGGGAAUGAAUAUGCGGAGCAUUAUGACCUGUGUAAGGUUUGGGCUAAGGGUAUUAUCCUGGUGGAUGAACAUGCGUGA